AUGCAGCCAUGGAUCAACUCGCUCCGAUCUCAUUUCGCUGUCACAGCUUCCACCGAUGAACAAACAGCUCGGCCAUGGACCCCUAUCAAAGCACCUUCACGCAAGGAUCAACUAUGGGCACCACAGGCUCCGGACAAUCGUGUUGGCCGCAUGCAACUUGAGAUCGACUGGCUCAGGUCUCAGUUGCCUGUCGCAGCUUCAACCAAUGAGCAGAUGGAUCUGCCACUCGCCAAUCUAGAGGAGCACGCCCUAGAUGCGCCAAAGAAGUAUGUCCCGAGCCUGCCGGUCACCAGUCUAAUAGUACACGACCAAAAUGCGCCAAAGGAGGAUGCCCCGAGCCUGCCAAAAUAG